AUGGCGUUUUUGAGUGGUGUGCUUGAAGCGGUGAAAAACGAAAAUGAAGUGACAACUUACUAUUCUAAGAUGGAUAAAACACUCGAAAAAAUUAAAGACAGUAUGCACAAAACUGGCGGAUUGUCUGCGGCCGUUGAGGCUGUGAGCGAGGCGCUGGGGGAGUGGGAUGGGGAGCUAGAUAAAAAAACUAGCGCACUUAAAAAAUCAUUAGAAUACUUAAAAACAGAAAAAUUUAAUAAUAUGCAUGAUUCACUUAAUAAACUUAAUGCUGUAUAUGGUGACUCACUUAGUAAGGUGCCUGUGUUGCUUGACGCCUGCAUCGCUGAUGCUGGGUGGAUCUCGGGAGCGUAUGAUGCCGCGGAAAAUGAGUACGAGAAUCUGGAUCCGACGCUUAGAGAUAAGUUGAAAGAUGCGUUAUAUAAAAUUAAGUUGCAGGUGAAAUCGUUCGAGGCGGCGGCGGCGAACACGGAAUUAAAAGACGUAGUCGACUUGGCUGGAAGUGAGUUGCUAAAUCUCAAACAGAAGGUGGAUGAAAGAAUUGAUGAGCGUAUGAAUGAUGUGAAAAUCAGAUUGGGGCAUGAAUUCAAAGUUCAGAUACACGAUCCUCUAAAUGCUGUAAAAAAAACUUUAACGUCAGUUGAUACAGACCUGAAAAAAUGGAUUGACCGUGCCACGGAGAUUGCAAAGUAUGGCAUUGAGCAGUCUAAAGCUAUAUUGAAGGAGGUUACAGAGCAGUCAGGGACUAAGAAGGCCGGAGCUGACGCGGAAAAAUGGAGGAAUGUUGAAAAGGCCGCGUUGCAGUUGAAGCAAAAGGCGCAGAAGCUCUACGACGCGGCUAGUACGGCUAAGAAAAGUGUUGAGAGGUUGGUGCCGGAAGCGCUCUCUGAUGUGCUUAAGCUGGACAGGGCGGUUAGGACUGGAUUAAAGACUACGAAGGAUAAAAUUAAAGGUGCACUGAGAAAGUACAUUAAGGAGCAGCUGCUGGGAACCAUUAUGAAACAGGUUAAAAGCAUUGAAGGUGAGAGAGAAGAGGAAGGGUUGCAGGGAAUCAUGACAAAGGUGGCAGAGUACGCAAAGAAGUUCCAAAUAAAAGGAUUAAAUAAGGGUUCAUUUGGAGAGAUAGUACAGGAAUGGGUAGAUGAUAGUCUGGGAGAAGAACCCGUUAAAGGCUGGUUAACAAGUUAUUUUGAGCAAAGGAGUAGAUUCAAUCCGCCUUAUGAUGAGUGGGACAGCAGCGGGAGAGAUAAUGAAGAACGCACUCGAAAACUGGCAGGUAUAAUUGUUCGACAACUCGAAAAUCAAAUUAGUCACGCCGUCAGUAUGGCAGCACAUUUCACGAUCGAAGGUAGCAUUCAAGCGUAUGUUGAUGCCGUUCAGACCGGGUGCAACGAAUUUGCGAAAAACCUUGGCGAGAGGAUUAAGUCACAAACCAAAAACAGGCUGCUAGCCAGUACAAUAGCAGGUAAUAUUGAAAGAGCUCCAGAUGGCCUAGUCAUGAACGGCAAUACAACCAGCGAUCAACAUCUCACAUUUGCCGUCGACGCUAUUCUCCAUCAACUCGUCGGUAUGGCGAUGAAAGCUGGAGAAGCCAUCGAUUCGUUCACAGUGGAUGCAACCAAAAUGAGCACUAGCGUCAAUGACGCCCUAAAAGUAGUUAGGAGUCUUUGGAGUAAUAUCGAUCAGGCGACUAGGGAAUCCGGUAUUGGCGUUAAUGCCAUUUACGUCGACGACGUCACCGAACCUUAUGAUCUAACUCAAAGUGUUGAAGGCAUUCUUCUUGGCAUACUUCGAAAUGAUUUUGGCUUGGAUAGCGACGGUGACGGCAAAGUAGAUACACUUGUUGUUAAAAACUUUGAAGAUUACGAUGGAUUGAUUAAGCAAGCUACAGUGCCCCGUAUUACGAACGACAAAUUUCUUGGCGGAGACUCAACCGAAGGCUCUCUUUGCAAUAAGAUUGGAGAGAUCAAAAGGGAGGUGGCCGGAACGCAUCUCAUCGAUGUUGAAAGUGGCUCCACUCUCGAUUCUGGUGAUCGUACCGACAGCACUAAAUUUUACAGUGACAGCUUCGGCAACAUGCUCACCGAAGUCGAAUCAAGGCUCGCUGAUCUCAUGUCCACUAUCAAGAAUCUGGCCGAAAAUUCAAAUAUAUCCGAGGAACGAGACCAAAGAAAAGGUGUCAAGAAUUAUUUCGAGGAGCUGCAGAAGAUGAUUCAGACUGAAUUUGGGAGCGAAGAUAAUAAGCACCUUGAUAAAAUUAAAGAACGUAUUGAAGGCAUCCUUAAUACUAACUCAGAUGGAAACUUGAAAGAUAUAGUCUCCAAAGCCACGCAAUUCAAAACAGAGGUCAUCGACAAGGAAGCUGCCGCGGCCAUCAAAUCGAUUAAAGACUUCGUAGAUAAACAGGUCGCCGAUAAAAUUAAGAAUAUACAGGGCCAAGCCCGAACGCUGUAUCACAGUAAGAUUAGCGGCAUAUUUAAGACCAUGAAAACGAAGGUGGAAAAUUAUAUAUCGAACGUCAGUGAGAUUACCGGCGAAGAUUCGCGCACCGGCGUCAAAGGCCUGCUGAGGAAGGUGAUGGAUCAUGACCGGAAGGGUAAUGAUGACACCAACAUGCUUAAGAAGUUGAAGAAUAACGCAUCCGUAAAAUCAUUAUCAUCGCCCCUAAAAGCUUUCCUCAGGCCCAUCCUCACCCACGUCGAAACCGAAGUAAAGACUGCGGACUCCACCUCUUCUAACAAGCAGGAGAAUGAAUGCUCCAACAAGGUCAAUCAUAUCCACAGCCGUGUCAGCGCACUGCUUCGUCACUUCUCCAAUGGAAACAGCAAGUACAACUUCGACGAUACCUUCGUCACCUCGCUCCUCAAUCUCAAGUCCUCCCUCGCUGACCUCUCCGCCCCGAGGUUCUCCGGCUACGAGCAUCCCCUGCUCCUCGACUCUCUUAAGGACGGGUUAAUGCGAUUGUGCGAGGAGUUGGAUAAGUCGUAUGUGAACACGUACUCUGGUCAGACGAUUAAGUGGGAGGAGGAAAGCAAUACGGACAAAACGUAUUGCGCGAAAAUCUUGGUCACCAUCAUGAAGAUAUUCGGUGACGAUUUAGCACUGCUGAAGCACGAAUGUGAGAACGGUUGGAAGGAGAGCAAAAUAUCCCUGCUUUCCCAGUCCGGCAGGUAUAAUCACCUAGGUAAUUUCCUGAGAAACUGCGGAUACGUAGUGACCAAAAAGGAUGGCUCGCAAAACGGGGAACUGCAGUGCUCUGCCAAAAUGAUUGGGAAAUCCAUUGUUAAUAAAUUUGGCAUUACCGUAGUGUCGAGAUAUGACAGUCGUCUUUUAAUGGAAACUCUUAAACUUCUCGUAGAUCACAUCAGCGAUUACUACGAAACUUGCCACCUCGGCACAUGGCAGUCGAAAACGUAUCCAUCGUCAGUAUACGACAUGCUUCGCUGGUUGUCCGGCUUCACGCAUAAUGGAGUCUACCAAGCAUUAUCGUUCAACGGUUUCGAGGAGCUGUUCGAGAAGCCGGAGGAAGAUGACACUAUUACGCUUGAAGCAGAUGGCAUCACCGGCACAAAUCUCAACGCAUUGUCGCUGUCGGCCUACCCGCACGACAUUAAACCAUCUAACCUAACCGCUGCUCUAACAGAUGUUUGCAACCACUCCCACGCUGUCCUAACAACCAUCCUAGGUCAUGGCCAUGGUGAAGGUGUAUACGCCUGCGAGUUCGAUACAAAUUCAGCUGGACUAGUGUAUCCCGCAGACUUCAACACAAUGGUCUGCAUGAUACGUGAUAUCAUCAACAGACUAUACGGUCAGCUGCAGUUCUUAUACCAACAAUGUAAAUACGAUACUGCGCUAGGUGGCUGGCUUGACUGCGAAUAUGGCCAAUGCGUCGGUGGCGCAAGUUGGCGGUGCAACGUCGACCAAUGCGUUAACCUAACGUGCAACCAAAAGGGUGGGCAAAGGGCUAACCAAAAUGGUAAUCAAAAGGCUGACCAACGAUGUCAAGAACACCCUAAGUGCGGUGUCAAGUCACCACUGCAGUCUUUCUUAGAAGAUAAAUUGCCGGGGUUCCUACCGCACAAUCUGAAAUCAGAAAGAGGAAAACUGGAGUGCUCGCUCAAGAGUCACGGUAACUUACCGUGCAUUACGCCGAUGGGCUUCUCAGGGAUAAGUCAGAUGGCAUCGCACAGAGCUACUGGUCAACGUAUCGUCGAUGUGCUUGCUGGCUAUUGUGGCACUCACACGUCUCCCCUCACUAGGAUUUGCGGCUUAUUUAAUUGCAUAUUACCUAGCGCACCUAAAACGCUCAGCGAUAUGUUCGGGUUCUAUUACAGCUUCCUUUAUGAGUGGGAUCAAAAGAGUAAUCGCAACAACAAGCGUAUUGAGAACAGGGAGACGGCAUUUAAGUCGAAAGUCAGCGAAGCUGAUUUCGAAAAUCGGAGCACGAAGCUGGACAUUACCUCCAUGUUUGGCAGUACUGAUCAUAAAUCUAAGACUGUUGAAACAUCGCAUCUUACCGGCGAUCUCUACUCUCUCGUCUGUUGUAACCCAUCGACCAAUUCAGCGCAGCCAUGCGGCGCAUAUCUUAGACCGUUAUGCUAUGAUACCUGUACCAUGUUCUCGAAGGAACACGCCGACAAGUACCUUUCAUGGAUUGUUUACUUGACGGAGACAUUCUACACCGCGCUCCAAAAGUUGUUAGAGGACUGCCGGAAAACGUGCGGUGCGGAUGCAAGAAAAUGCAAAAUUGGUAAAUGUAAAAAGGAUUGCGGAACCAAGGAACAUCCACUUGCUCCAUCUGCGAAUCACAAUGGCUCAUGUGGGUCAAUAGUGGAGUGCGGGUACAUUCGUCCUACAUUCUUCAGAUAUGGUUUCACACACGAUAACGUUGCCAGCCUCAGCGGUGUAUCAGGUGACUCACAUAAGAGGACCUGCACAGAUUUCUGCGCAGCAUUGCGUAUUGUCACCAAAGAAGGAAAUGCCCUCUACGAUAUCGUUAACAAAACAAUUCCCGAAUUCCUUUGGACUAUAAGACAGAAAUUCUUCUGGACCACUGUCGCACUUUGGUCACUAUCCCUCUUGUACCUCAUCUGCGUAAUGGUUGGCAGACUGGAUGUGCUGCAUAUCCGAUCGCACCUCAGAUCACCGUCAUCGCACAGGAUAGCUGCGCAAUCAUUGUUGGCUGCAGCGCAAGUCGGAAGGCUUGCCAAGAUAUCGUACCUACAACCGUGA